AUGAAGCGUGAAGCCGCUUACGAAGAAGAGCAGGCCCGUAUCCGAAGCGAAAAGGAGAAAGAAGUUGCUCGUCUUCGUUCUCUUCAGGAAAGGGCACGUGACGAAGCAGCCGAACGAGAUGCUUUACGUGCCAAAAGGGCGGCUGAAGCAGCAGAACGGGAUUGGCGUCGCCAAGAGAUGGUCCUGAAAAUGCGUGAAUCUGAGGUUGAGGCCGAACUAAAGUUAGCCAGAGAGGCCCAGGCCGUUGAAAAGCAACGGCUUGUAGCAGUGCAGGCAGCGCGCGACAGGGCUGAGUUUGAACGUAUUCUCAGGCAAGCCAGCCAUUUUGACUCAUUGAAAUUAUUUUUAGUCUAUAAGUAG